UUUGUUUAUGGUCGAUUUCAUUCUUUCUCUGUCAAAAUGGCUGCAGUGCAGGAGACGAGACGUGAACCUAUUCAGGCCGUUCAAGUUUUCGGCCGCAAGAAAACCGCGACUGCAGUGGCAUACUGCAAGCGUGGACAUGGAGUUCUACGUGUAAAUGGCCGCCCCUUAGACCUGGUGGAACCAAGAUUGCUACAGUACAAAUUGCAAGAACCAAUUCUACUGCUCGGCAAGGAAAGGUUCGCCGGAGUUGACAUCAGGGUUACAGUGAAGGGUGGUGGUCAUGUUGCACAGGUCUAUGCCAUCAGACAGGCCAUCUCAAAGGCACUAAUUGCCUUUUUCCAGAAAUAUGUAGAUGAAGCGUCCAAGAAGGAAAUCAAAGACAUCCUGGUCCAAUAUGACAGGAGUUUGCUGGUCGCAGACCCUCGUCGCUGCGAGCCCAAGAAGUUUGGUGGUCCGGGUGCCCGCGCCAGAUACCAGAAGUCUUACCGUUAAUGUCUACAAAUUUACGUCAGCUGGUAUUACAUUGGUGUUGCCAUCAGUGUGAUAGCAUUUGGUGUUUUUAUUAAAAUUUAAAA